AUGGAGGAAAGCGUGACAAAGACCAAAUUGAUCUUUGGCUUCCUUCUUGUAAGUUACGCAUUAAUAACAUGUUCUUAUGCUGCAGACACCAUAUCUGCAAACCAAAUCGUUAGAUAUAAUGAAACCAUUGUUUCCCCCAACGAAACCUUCGAACUUGGUUUCUUUAGCCCCGAUAACUCCACAAACCAUUAUGUCGGAAUUUGGUACAAAAAAAUAUCAACUGGAACCGUGGUAUGGGUAGCCAACUGGAACACACCACUCACCAAUACCUCUGGCGAGCUAACUCUCACCCUUCAGGGAGUUUUAAUUCUCCGAAACCCCACCACAGGCAAUGUCAUAUGGUCGUCAGCGAACUCAUCAGCCAUGUCAGUGAGGAAUCCAAUCGGUCAGCUUCUAGAUACGGGCAACUUUAUAGUUCACGGGGAAGGGGACGAAACCAAUAAAGAAAAUCCCAUAUGGCAAAGUUUCGACUUUCUGACAGACACUUUACUUCCAGGAAUGAAGCUAGGCUGGAAUCUGGUCACGGGGACUGAAAGACGCUUAACAUCAUGGCGAUCCAGCGACAAUCCUGCAUCAGGUGACUUUUGGAUCAGGGUUGAUACCAUAGGAUACCCACAGGUGAUCCUAAGGGAUGUGGAUGAAAUAGAAUUUCGUGCGGGGCCGUGGAACGGACUCAGGUUUAGUGGAGACCCUGAUUUGAAACAGAACCCGAUUUACAACUUCACUAUUGUUAUUAAUCAAAGAGAAAUUUACUACCAAUAUAAUCUUAUAAAUAGUUCGGUUUUUACAAGGCUGGUGUUACAACCAAGUGGUGAUAUACAGCGCUUGUUAUGGGUUGAUAGUACACAAGAUUGGACCCUUUAUUUGGCUCCAAAAAGUGAUCAUUGUGAUAGUUAUGCCGUGUGCAAGGCAUUUGGGAGCUGCAACAUUGACAACUCCCCUGUUUGUGAAUGUUUGAAGGGGUUCGAACCUACUUCUCCUGAACAGUGGGCGGUUGCAGAUUGGUCACAGGGAUGUCGACGUAAGAUCCCUUUGGAUUGUGGGCCUGGCGAAGGGUUCAACAAAUAUAUCAAUAUGAAGUUACCGGACACUCGUGAGUCAUGGUAUAACCCGACCAUGACCCUUGUUGAAUGCGAGAAGAUGUGUAAACGCAAUUGUUCAUGCACGGCUUACACAAAUUUGAAUGCCUCAGCCGGUAGUGGUUGUUUGCUAUGGUUCGGUGAACUAAUUGAUAUAAGAACAUUUUCUGAAAAUGGGGACACAUUAUAUAUACGAAUGCCACCUUCUGAGCUAGACUCGAUAGAAAACAGUAAAAGCUCAAGUGCAGGGAAUAAAGUACGAGUUAUUGUCCCAGUAGCAUUUGUGGCUUUGGUCAUGCUAGUUUUAAUAUGCUUACUUUAUCGUUACAAAUAUAGGAAGAUGCAACAACAAGGGACUCGUGGAAACGAAUCUGGACGUGAUCCUGAAGACAGAACUGGUGAUGAUGAUCUAGAGCUACCGCUAUUUGGCCUUUCUACAUUAGAUAAAGCUACAAACAACUUUGCAAUGAAUAACAAACUUGGAGAGGGUGGCUUUGGACCCGUUUACAAGGGUGUACUCGAAGAUGGGCAGGAAAUAGCAGUGAAAAGGCUAUCAAAAACUUCCACUCAAGGACUUCAUGAGUUCAAGAACGAAGUCAUCUCAAUAUCUAAGCUACAACAUCGGAACCUUGUUAAACUCUUAGGUUGCUGUAUAGAGGGAGCCGAAACAAUGCUGAUUUAUGAAUACAUGCCAAACAAAGGCCUCGAUUCCUUUAUAUUUGAUAAAACUCACAGGAAACUUCUUGAUUGGCCUGCACGUUACCACAUUAUCAACGGAAUUGCUCGUGGACUUCUUUAUCUUCACCAAGAUUCUCGGCUUAGAAUCAUACAUAGAGAUCUUAAAGCCAGUAAUAUUUUGCUUGACAAGGAUAUGAACCCGAAGAUAUCAGAUUUUGGCAUGGCUAGAACUUUUGGAGGAAACCAGAUAGAGGCAAACACAAAUAGAGUAGUUGGAACAUAUGGAUACAUGGCACCAGAGUAUGCAGGAGAUGGUAUAUUUUCAAUAAAAUCAGAUGUGUAUAGCUUUGGCGUACUAGUGCUGGAAAUAGUGUGUGGCGUGAGAAACAGAGGAUUCGUCCACAAAGAGCAUUGCAACAACCUUGUUGGACAUGCAUGGGUACUCCAUAAUGAAGACAGAUCGUUGCAAUUAGUUGCUAAAGGCCUAGGUGAAUCAAUCAAUGUUUUUCAAGUUUUACGAUCAAUCCAUGUUGGCUUGUUAUGCGUUCAACGUCACCCAGAAGAUAGACCGACUAUGACUUCUGUUAUCCUAAUGUUAGGGAAUGAGGGUCCAUUGCCUUCGCCCAAAGAACCAGGUUUUUACGUUGGAAAAACUAAGCAAGAUACCACACAAUCUUCAACGUCAUUUGAAUUGAGUUCUAACAAUGAUCUUAGCAUUACAAUGUUGAAUGGUAGAUAAGCUAAAAGAUAUAUAUGUAUGUACUUAUAAGAAAUAAGUUAAACCACAACAACUAUCUUAAUUUACUCAUUAUUAACAAGCCCUUCAUCCAAUACAUUUCAAUUUCACACCUUGACCACUUGUGUUUGAUUGGUUUAACACAUUUGUUUAUGUUUGAA